AUAUAAUUUUAAUUGAAAUGAAUACCACCAUUAUUAUUUGACAAAAAAAACUAUUGUGAAUGGUUUUUUUGCACGAAGAACUAACAUAUGAAAAAGCAAAUUGACAGCUGACAUUUGCCGACACAAACUCGUCAUUCUGGCGAAUUUUAUUUAAAGUCGACAUUAGAAAUUAUUUAUUUGCAUCGUGUAAUUUAGCUAAGAAAUUUGUAUAAUUAAAAUGGGUGAUGACUUUGAACCAAUGGAUCCAAGCUUGCGCAAUAUUGUCGAACAAUCAUCGUUGAAGUGGAUAUUUGUAGGCGGCAAAGGAGGUGUUGGCAAAACAACAUGCAGUUGCAGUUUAGCAGUACAAAUGGCCAAAGUGCGUGAGUCAGUCUUGAUCAUUUCGACAGAUCCAGCUCAUAAUAUUUCAGACGCUUUCGAUCAGAAAUUUACAAAAGUUCCAACAAAGGUGAAUGGCUUCACAAAUUUAUAUGCAAUGGAAAUUGAUCCAAAUGCGGGUCUUAACGAAUUACCGGAUGAAUAUUUCGAGGGCGAAAAUGAAGGUCUGCAUUUGAGCAAAGGUGUGCUGCAUGAAGUAAUUAACGCUCUGCCUGGUAUAGAUGAAGCUAUGAGCUAUGCAGAAGUAAUGAAACUUGUCAAAGCAAUGAACUUUUCAGUGGUCAUCUUUGAUACAGCGCCAACAGGGCACACAUUACGUCUGCUUUCGUUCCCACAAGUCGUUGAGAAGGGAUUAGGCAAACUGCUGCGUUUGAAAAUGAAAAUUGCCCCCUUUAUCUCACAAUUUGGUAGCAUACUAGGUAUGGCAGAUUUUAAUGCUGACUCGCUCACACAAAAGCUUGAUGAAAUGCUGAAAAUCAUAAGACAAGUAAAUGAGCAGUUUAGAAACCCAGAUCAAGCUACGUUUGUUUGUGUCUGCAUCGCUGAAUUCCUUUCAUUGUAUGAAACCGAACGCCUUGUGCAAGAGCUGACUAAAUGUGGCAUAGAUACACACAAUAUCAUAGUCAAUCAACUCUUAUUCAAGAAACAAAACCAGGAGCCAUGUGGAAUGUGUGCCGCGAGAUAUAAAAUACAAGAAAAAUAUCUGGAUCAAAUUGCUGAUCUGUAUGAAGAUUUCCAUGUGACAAAAUUGCCUCUACUCGAAAAGGAAGUUCGAGGGGUGGAGAAUAUUAAGAAUUUCUCAGAAAAUCUGGUUAAACCUUAUAGUCCUAAUUAAUUUCUAAAUAUACAAAUAUGUAUAUACUGGUAUGGAAACAAUGGUGUUAUAAUUUCAAACAAAAUAUAAUAAUAGCGUCUUUAUUUCAUAUAAAUGAAAAAAAAAACGUUUCUCAAUCACAGCUGUAUUCCAAUUAAUAUACUUUAAUAAUAAACGAUAAAAAUUAACAAUAAAAUUAAA